AUAUUAUACUAACGUGUAAUACUCGUUGAUUUCUAGAUCAGUUCUUUAAUGCUGUCAUGUCGACACAGUAUGAUAGAAUUAUAAUGAUAAUAGACUAGCAUAUUAUAAUACUUUUAUUGUUAAGAAUUAUGCUAUAUACUGCGCUACUCUCAUCCUAGUUUUAUUACGGUAUAUCGAGAUGACAUUGUCUAUCAACCAUUACAUCAAUUCCAAGUUUUUGUAUAUAUAUAAUUUGGUUUGAAGGGUCACAUGAGAUAUAAAGGCAUGGGACUCAAGAGUUAUCUUUUUUUAGCCUUUUGGACGUACGAAUUAGCCAUAGGAAUUGGACAUGGACAGUACCCGUGGAUGGUUUAAUGCUAGCUGUUGCAUGUCUCAGACCUACUACGUACAUGCAUCUUAGCUACAUACAUAGCCACAAGGAGCUAAACAACAACAAGAAGUCACGAGUUGUAUGCUUUUUGCAUCAAAUCCUCCCACAUCCACCCAUUGCUUCAGCUGAUUUUUUUUAUUUAUUUAUUCUCUCAUUCCCACAUCUCCAAACUAUAACAGGACACGUGAUCUCUCUCAUCAAUAAAGGAGUUCACGAAGCAACAAUUAAUUAAUGAAAAUAUAAUAUAUCAAUGGUAUCCACAUGAAAUGUAGUAAAUGCAUGCAUGAUAUGGGAUGACGAUACAUGAUGUGACAUCCACAUGGCCUUAAUUUAAGCUGAAUGUACUGAUCAAGGUAUAUACAAAACAUCUCGAUCAAUAUUAAUUGAUGUUUGAUUUAGCUGACGAUAGAGAUAAGGGAGGCCGAGUUAAUGGGGAGAGAGUUCAGUAAUACAAAUAAACAUGGCAUAAAAUCAUCGUAAUCUACAUAUACUGUAGUGUUUGGAAAUUUCUUAGUUGUCUACACUUCUAUGUAUCUUCCUUUUCGAUAUGAUUCCCUCUUAUAUACACUAUUAAGGCCAGGAAAAUUGCUGUAUUCAUGAUGAUGAUGAUGAAAACUUUGAAGAUUCGCGCGCGCGCAUAUAUAUAUAUAUAUAUAAGGUAUGAGAUUUUAAGUUCAGAGCUAGCUAUGAUCUGGGUGCCGCUCAUUAGGUUAAAACCAAACGGGAAACUGUCGUUCGAAUGGAUAUUAUAUCUGGGUGCUCAGUGCACAGGAGAUGCUUUGAACGACAGCACAAAUUAAGACAAGAAACCAUAAAGAAUACAUUUAAGUUUUGGCACUCCUUUCUAGGAUAUGAUAGGGCCUAAAAAAUCAGUUCACAAGCUUAAAAGUACUGUUGAAGAUUCAAUUCCUCACAGCUUGAUCACCUCAUCACUAAAGAACAACAGGGCAGAAAACAUGAAAUCUUUGGACCAUAUGAAAUUGAAACUAAAUGAGGGAAAAUAAAAUGAGAGAACAAUGAAGGGUGAGAGACGAUCCACAUCCACUGAAGGACAAAGACUACUUUGCUAAGGUUGCCAUAGAAGACCAACCUCCAAGAGCUCUACAAAAGCCUCCAACCGUUCUCCGAGGGACAAUGACAUCACAAUCAACUGUAACUUGACAGGUGUCAACCGUUAGGCAUGAGAUUAGUUCUUCUGAGAAACGCUCGGUUGAAUAUAAAUAGGAACACUUGGGCAGCAUUCUGUGGUGCUACCUGCUCAAACAUUAAGAGGCAUUCUUCAGAAACCCACAGGGUUGAAAGAUUGUCUUCAUAUAAGCCUUCAAAAAUUUGCUUCUCAUGGAACUUGCUCGCACGCUCCUUGUCAUAUGGAUCACGGCGAGCCUUUUCUUCCAGAAUUCAAGCAAUGUGGAAGGAAGAUACCAUUACCACAAGAAGCCGAAGGCUAAAAGCUCCCCUGCUCCUCCCUCUGAAUCUCAAGACCCUUCAUCCCCUGCUAAUCCCCCUUCUGCUCCUUCUGACCCGAACCCAAAUGACCCUGGAAGUUCUAACAACAACGGGGUUUUCGAUGUAACAUCUUUUGGGGCAGUCGGAGAUGGUUGUACCGAUGACACUGCUGCAUUCACAGCAGCAUGGAAAGCAGCUUGUGCAGUAGAAUCAGGAGUGGUCCUAGCCCCAGCUGACUAUCGUUUCAUAAUUACUUCAACAAUCUUCUCAGGGCCAUGCAAGCCAGGACUUGUAUUCCAAGUGGAUGGAGUCAUAAUGCCACCGGAUGGACCAGAUUCCUGGCCAAAAGCAGACAGCCGGAAACAAUGGCUCGUGUUUUACCGACUUGACCAGAUGUCUUUCACAGGAAAAGGAACCAUUGAAGGGAAUGGCCAGAAGUGGUGGGAGCUCCCAUGCAAGCCUCACAGGGGGCCCAAUGGAUCGACAAUGCCAGGACCAUGCGACUCUCCUGCAUUAAUUAGGUUCUUCAUGAGCUCAAAUUUGGUGGUCAGCAAUUUAAAGAUCGAAAAUAGUCCUCAGUUCCAUAUGAAAUUUGAUGGCUGUGAAGGAGUAUUGAUAGACAAAUUGUCCAUCUCUUCACCUAAACUUAGCCCCAAUACUGAUGGGAUCCACAUUGAGAACACCAAGACUGUUGGAAUAUACAACUCCAUGAUAGCCAAUGGCGAUGAUUGCAUUUCCAUUGGACCCGGGUGUUCAGAUGUUGACAUUGAGGGUGUAACUUGCGGGCCUAGUCACGGGAUCAGCAUUGGAAGCCUUGGAGUGCACAAUUCCCAGGCAUGUGUUUCUAAUAUAACAGUCAGAAACGCAGUCAUCAAGGAAUCGGACAAUGGGCUCAGAAUCAAGACAUGGCAAGGCGGGAUGGGUUCUGUGACAGGCAUAGCAUUCGAGAACAUCCAAAUGGAGAAUGUCAUGAACUGCAUAAUCAUAGACCAGUAUUACUGCAUGUCAAAGGCAUGUUUAAACCAAACAUCAGCUGUACAUGUCGACGACAUUUCCUUCAGGAACAUAAAGGGCACCUACGAUGUGCGCCAGCCCCCCAUACAUUUUGCAUGCAGUGACACAAUUCCCUGCACAAAUAUAACACUCUCAGAGGUGGAGCUUUUCCCACAGGAAGGGGAGCUGUUGGAUGAUCCAUUCUGCUGGAAUGCCUACGGAAAUCAGGAAACCUUGACUAUACCUCCCAUUAAUUGCUUGCGAGAUGGGGAACCUCAGACUGUGGCAGAGCUUUCAGCAUUUAGUUGCUAAGACAGUGAGUGAACUGGUUUUGGUUAUUGGUUUUUGAUAUAGAAUUAAGAAUACUGUAUAGAGCCCAAAGGGUCCUUAUCUGUUAUGGGUCUUUAUUUAUUACUUAGGCUCCAUCCCUAUUUGGGUUUCCUGCCCUUAUUGUGUGAUGAGAUAUGGAAAUGGGUCUACCCUUUUGGCCUAUAUUGUAAUAGAUUUGAUGCAUACUUGUUAUAUGCAAUUAUUGGCAGUUUGAAUUUCAUAA